AUGUAUGAUAAUAGAAAGGAACCGGAGAGUUUACGUGACUUCUUAACUCAUUUACCAACAUAUGCAGAUAACGACUAUAAUGAAAUUGUUAGUUAUAUAGUAUGGAAAGCAGUGAAAAUAUGUUUAACUACAGAUAAUGAUAAAAUUGAUUGGAGAACGAUUGUAAAUUUGUUAGAGUCCCAAAUAAGUAGCGAUAAUUCAUAUAAGGAUGUUUUAGAAGGGAAAAAUUGGAAAGAUUUACAUAGACAUGAUAAUAUUGAUAAUUUUCAUAAUGGUACCAUGUGUAAUCGACAAUGUUUACCAGCAGAGAUAGUAUAUUAUUGUUUUACUUGUACCAUUAAUCCAUUAUACGGGAUAUGUGAUGCAUGUUUUGAUCCAGAUGAACAUAUUGACCAUGAAUACUCUGCUAGCGUUAUUACAAGAAGUGAAGGAAGAUUGUGCCAUUGUGGAAAUGAAUCCAUCUUCCAUGAUCCAGAAUCUGCAUACAAAUGUAAAAAUAAAUUGAAUAAUAAUAGGAAUAAUAAGCUAUCGUUUGCUAAUAACGAUUUUUUUGAUCCGAUAAUGCAUGCAGCAUUUAAUGAUAUAAUUGAUUAUAUCAUUGAUGUUAUUUUAAGUACAAAUGAAUUGAAAAAUACAUCAUUUACAGGGUAUAGUCAUAUUUCUACGCGAAAUCAUAAUCCUAAGGACAAUAAUAAUGCUAAUAAUGAUAACGAUAAUAGUGCUAGUAACGACCCAGAAGAAGUGCAUUCCUCGAAUAAAGAUUCUAUAUUUAAUGAAAUCCUAAUUGAAACUACUGAGAGUCGAAAUAUGGUAUAUGAAUCUUAUGCUUCAAAUAUGAAUAUAAAUGAAAUUUGGACAAUCCAAUUAAAUAAUGAAGAUAAUCAAGUUCAUAUAAUGGAUCUUGCAAGUAAGAUUUCUAAAGUAUUAAAUAAACCAAUUGAAUAUGGGGUUUCGAUUUGUAAAAAAUUAUUAGAAUACAAUUCCCCUGUUGUAUUGGCACAAACAAGCGAUUACGAUAAAAUUAAAGAGAUAUAUGAAAUGUUUCGAGAUGAAAAUAUUGUAGUUCAUAUUAGAAGGUUACAUGAUGUCUUUAAGGUUAACCUUAUGGAAGAUUUGGUUCAUUUUUUGUACAACCUGUGCACAGAUAUGAACUCACCAUAUGAGAUGAAAUAUACUUUGCGUUCAUGUAUGAUGGACUCGUGGAAGCCGAAGAUCGAACAUGCUGAAUUGGAGUAUAAUCAACCAUUAAAAACGAAGAUAAAUUUGUUUGGGGGAUUCCUAUCACCUGGCCAGUUUUCAUAUACUUCUUCAACAUCUCCUGUUUCAUCACCGGACGAAAAAAUAUCAAAAAAGUGGUUCAACCCAUGGAAUUUUGAAGAUUGUGGGGAUGAUCAUUUAGCACAAAUACUACAAAAUUAUGAUAGAGAUCUAUCGACCGUUGUAGCUGAAUUAUCACACUCAAAUAUAUGUCUGUUUAGAGGUUCCCGUUUCCAAUAUCUAGUUGCAGAGUGUUUUGAAAACCUUUCAAGGGUAGCUUCUCUUCGUAUGACUAAGGUUUUUUGUACAUUAUUUUCACUUACUGAUAAUGCAAGACGAUAUAUUACCGCGCAAUACCUUGACGUAUACCUUAAUGUAGUAUAUAAAGCAGUAUCAUCAGAUCCUGUUGGGAUUAAAUUAGCAUUUAUGAGUCUGAUGUCACAGUAUACCUUUCAGGAUCCUUUUCUAUCUAAUUUGGCCAUUCAAUCAGGUUUCAUUGAACGGACAUUAAAAUUCGCAUUCACGCUACUUGCAUUCAAUUCAGAAGAUUUGGUGACGUUUCUACCUAUAUCCAUAUACAAUAAAUUUAAACUUCCAAGUGAAACGAUAAAAAAUCGAAAGACUAUUAUAUGUCUUAAAGACCUUUGUACUUUGGUUUCAGCCAAUACGAUACCACGAGAAUUACUAGAGAGUACUAGUAUAUUUAAUUGUAUGUUAGAUGCUAUUUUACAAUUUAGUAAUAUUUUACCAGUACGAAGAGAGAUUUCGGAACAUGUGGAAUUUGAAAAUUUUGACUUUUCCACUUAUUACUUUUUCUUUUCAUCUUUAUUGAUAAUGAUUGAUGGGUACCUCCGUUGUAUAUCGAUGAUAUCGGACAAAGAAUUUAGAUAUACCAUUAUUAAAAGAUUUAUGAAAGUGACCAUAUCCAAUGGAUUCGAACUUUUAAGUACAUCUAGAAGACUCGUUGACCAUCCUGUCGCCUUCGAAGAAGGCCAUAUCCCUAAAUUAUCGGCAGUAAAAGAAAAAGUAUGUAACCACAUGACAGAUGUCGUGAGAUUCCAGGUUGGUAUUGACUCACAAAGUUUUCUAAACCCAACAUCAUACCUUUUUAAAUUUAUUCUACAGUGGAGUCAAUGUGGUAGAUAUGAGGCUGUGCCUAAGAGUGUAACUUCUUAUGUUGAUUUCCAUAAAUUUUUUGAUGAUGAAGUUCAAGCUCUAUACUUAUCGGAAGCAUCGUUAUCUACUUUGGUACUAAUUGGACAAAUCAAUGUAGGGUUCUGGGUAAGAAAUGGUACCCCAAUCAUGCAUCAAAAGAGGAUGUACACGAAAUUUAAUAUGAGAGAACUUACCUAUAUGAGCGAUGUUUUUAAUGUUCAAUUUAGUAUGUGUAUGGCCAACGCCGAUGAUUUUAUGGUUACCUUUUUAACUCGAUGGGGUUUAAAAAGCUGGUCUAAUGGAACCCCAAUGGGUGAUUACCCUGAUGAUGAGACUACGAUGGCUGUUGUUAAUGAAUGUCUACUCUUAUUAAUUCAAUUAUUUACAGAAAUAAAGUCUUUGAUAGUACUAUCAUCCAUUGAUAAUUUUGAGAGGACACUGGAAUCUGAAAUUAUUCAUGCAGUCGCAUUUAACCGUUGUACAUAUGCUCAGAUUAUGGAUACCAUCCCAGAACAUAUUACAAGGCAUUCUACGUUUGAUAAUUAUUUAGAAAAAUAUGCAGAGUUUACUCCAGCAAGUGGUGGUGCUGAAUGUGGUACAUUUCAUCUGAAAGAUGAGUAUAUUAAAGAUCUUGAUCCUUAUUAUUUAGGUGUGAGUUCAAGUAAGAGGUAUGAAAUUGAAAAGAGCGUUCGAAACUAUAUGAAAAUUAAAGAAAAGAAAGAUUUCGUUGAUACUUACGUCCCUGUUAAAGAGGUUCAUGAUAUUUUAAAGGAUACUCCGUACUAUAAUCUGUACGCCAUAUCAUCAGUCGACACAUUUGGAAUCUUUCUGAAAAGUACCUUAGAACAUAUUAAGAAGUGCAGAUAUGAGAACCUUCUACCAAGAGUGGUGCAUCUAAUACAUUUAUGUGUUGUGAACAAUUUAAAUGAUUUCAUGAAAGUGUUCUGGCAUGAGUAUGAAAUUAUCGACACUGAGUUUUAUCAUUUUCAUAGUAUUGGUUCCAUCUUGUACUCGUUAUUACUAGAUGAUAUCUUUUCCAAUGUUCAUGGUAAAAUAAGAGAAAUUUUUAGAGUACUAUCAAAUAAGGCGCCUCAUGUGGAUGUUAACGGGUAUUUAUUGGAACAAACCCCCUCUUUUAACCCAGAAAUAUUAAAAUCCUCUAAAGGAUCAAGAACCAGUAAGGAGGAAGAACAUUUAAGGAAGAAAAAAUUGGCUCAAGCCAGAAGAGAUAAAAUCCUUCGCAAAUUUUCUAAACAACAAAUGAAAUUUAUUGAAAAGAAUAUUACAGCUAACACCUCACUCAGCAAGAUGUCAUCUAUUAAACACCCUUCGGAUUAUAGCAACACUUCUGUUUCUCUGCCAGGUUGGGAAUACCCAGACGAUUCGUGCGUCUUUUGUAAAAUAGAGAAGAAUGAUGAUCCAUUUGUAUAUUUUUCUUAUCAAGAAAAUAAUAUAUGUGAUUUUGGAAUUGACUUUUCUAUUCCAAAGCAUGUAACAGACAUGCUUCAGUGGGAACAGAAAUCUUACAGUGAAGACGAAAACACCCUCAAGAUGAAAUAUAUUCAACAAGCGCCUGUACUUAGAAUAUGUGGGCAUGGUUCGCAUAUUAAUUGUCUGGGGAAUCAUAUGAAAAGUGCAGCCACAGUUCAUACACAAACUACAAAAAAUGUCCCAAAUUCUUAUGGAUUCGGUUUAAUAUACUGCCCUGUUUGUAAUUCUUUGAUGAAUUCCUUUCUUCCAAAAAUAGUUAAAUUUAACAAUAAAAGUCGAGAAUCAUUUUGGAAAAAAAUAAACCAAAGUUUUGAUGUCACUAAUAUGCCACCUGAGUUAAUGUUGACUUGCACGAAGGCUUGCGAUAUUUUUGGUGAACUUGUAGGGCAUGAUACAACUAAAAAAACGUUUACUAGCACAUACGACAUAAUAAGUAAUUUGUUGGUAAACUCUAUUGCCAACUUCGAAUUGAGGUUACGAAAGAAUCUUAUUUCUGGAACCGACGAUAAACAAAUACUAAGCAACUUACCUAAUCAGUGUUUAGUGACAUUUCGUUUACUUUCUGAUUUAUUGACGUUUACCAAUAACCGAAUCAAUGGUGCCCAUUCACCAGCCGAUAUAAUGAAGAUGGGUCGCCUUAAGAACGGUGAUGCUUACAAUAACGUUCUCUCAAUAUCCAAUACGAUUUUUUUUCCUAAUCAAUCGCCUUUAAAUUCAAUUGAACAAAUUUUAGAUCUUGUUUACACAAAGAUGGAAGAAGAUAUUAUUCUUUUCUGUAGAGGUAUGUUAAUGGUUAAUUUUUACGAAUCAAUGGAUGAUAUGGAAAUUCCAUGGAAUAAAGUAACUUUCGACGCCAGAAAUGAGAAUGAAUUAGAAAACUAUAAGGUGGCAACUAGGGUCCUUGAACAAUACUUGAAAUUUUUCAAUUAUACUGUACCUAAUAUAGGUUUGGAUAUAAAUAAGGUUUCCAAGUGUUUCUAUCAUUUACUUCAAGGCACAACGGCUGUAUUUCUAAGAAGGCUUAUUCUGCUAUUCCACGUCCAUUUUUCUGUAGAUGAUGAAAAGAUAAAGAUUGAAAAUAAAUUGGGAGAUUUCGAAAAUGCAAUUAAUUAUUUGACCCGUGAUAAGAUUAAAAAUUUUGGAGAAUUACUUUCGAACUUUUUGAAUAAUUAUUUAUCUUCAGCGAUUCAAAAUUAUGACAACACAUCUGAAGAGGAAAGAAUUAAAAUUUUUACAAAAUUAGAAAAAAAGCAUUUCCCUGCGAUAUCCUGUGGUCAUUUAAUCAGCUUACCAUACAAUUUAUCCACAUUUUAUACCAAUGUUGAAUAUGAAGUAAAUAAGAUUGAAAGAAUAUUAGGAGGUGAAUCUGUCCUAUGUUUAUUAUGUGGCUCAACGAUGUAUAUUCAAAAACCGGUGCCGUUACAUGGUUACAAGAUUGGUGAAUGUACGAAUCAUUUACUUAAUGAAUGUGAAUCAGAUUCAAACUACGGAUUAUUUCUAAUGAUGAGAACAAAUAUGAUAUAUAUUGCAUAUGGUGACAGAGGAACAUUUUAUCAUUCUCCAUAUAUUAACAAAUAUGGGGAUGCGGGUGAAGGUUUAAAAUAUGGAACUCCGGUUUUCUUAGAUAACGAAAAAUAUGAAUAUUUGACUAAUGAGAUCUUUUUGGGUAAUAUGAUCCCUCAUAUUGUGUUUAGAGCAACAGAUGGUAACAGUGAUCAAGGUGGAUGGGAGACCUUAUAG